AGGUGAAGAUGGCGACGCAAUGACGCAGCUCUCCCACGGGGUCUGGGUGUGGCCAGCUUUGGGAUCGGUGGAGACGCUGACGCUGGACCCAGCUCGUGCACGGCAGGAAGACGUGACGAUCUGGUUGCAAGUCGUGCAGACGCAAGCGCUGACGGGGGCUUCGGGCACGCUGCAGUGCUGGACCGACGCGCCGACGCACGAGGACGAGAUCGACAAGCGAUGCUGGAAGGCGUACGAUGUCGCGUGCUGGCCGUCUCGAGACACGCAGAAGUGGGUAUUGCUCCCCAUGGUCCUGCCUCCUCGCGUGUUCGACCGGGCGGUCCAGCGAGGCGCCCCGCUGGAGGUUCGCUAUACGUGGCGCUUCAAGCUGCCGGACGGUCAGGUGGAAUGGCUCGGAGCUCCAGGCCAGGAUGCUCUUAUCCGUCUGGUGAAAGCUGAAGGAUUAAAAGAGAUCUUGAGGUUCUGCGAUGCGUACAGCGAGAAUGGGCGUGGUCUAGAUGGUGUCACUACAAUUCGCAUUGGUCAUUCCGGCCGGCGGCGUGCUGCUCUCUGCGAGGUCCUCAUGCCUUGUAGAGGCAUCGUGAUCGAACGGACGAAAUCGACAUGGCACACCUCGCGAUCCUUUGGCACGAUCGAAGCGCUCUCAUGCCUUCACCCGGCCAGCCUCAUUGUGCUGAGCUUCGAGGGCGGCCGUGUCAUGGUGCUCCUGCCAAUUUGUGGUGAAGGAGCCACCGUCAAGCUUGCAAGGUCCACUUUCAACACGCAGACAGUCGAUGUCGACGUGGAUGGCGAAGGGCCAGGUGCGGUCUUGGUGGGCCGCGGAUACGAGAGGCAGCUCGGUGGUCUGCUCCGAAGCUGCCAUAAGGCUGCUCAAGAUUUUCUCGGUGGUCUAGCCGAGGUGGCUGCCGAUUCCGACGGCCCGUUAUCGCUCCGUUCCGGUCUGGGCUUCUGCACAUGGGAGGCGCUCGGGAAUGGCACCCCGGCAAAGCUCUCUACGCUCAUGCACACGCUUGAUGCAUUCGAAGGACCGCUAGAAGGAGGAAUAGCCACACUUCUGAUAGACGACGGUUGGCAGCACAUAAAUCCGACGAACACCUACACUCCGGUUGAUGCAAGUCGGACCCUUGUCAGCUUCGAUCUGGGCCCUCACCUUCUCGAUGAUGAAGAGAUGAGCGAAUAUGUCAAAGAUUCUUUGCUAUGCCCAAGGCUAGCUCGAUACAUCGAUCGACUUAGAAGAAGAUAUCGCCACAUGCAACAUAUCGGUGUAUGGAUGACCUUGUCUGGCUACUGGGACGGUCUCGAUCCAGAUACCGACGGCUUCUUUGCCCGACGCUACGGUCCGCUUCGUCGGUGCAAAAUCAGUGAUGCCCUUGCCUCCGGUCCGAGGGCCAGCCGCGAGAUUCAGCUACCGCAUGCCGAUCGUCUGGACAACUUCUGGCGCGACUGCUUUACAGCGUACCGGUCAGCAGGUGUCAACUUCGUCAAAGUCGAUGCGCAGUCGGAGCUCGAUUGGGUCGUUGACGAGAAGGGCUACUUUGACCUUGCAUGGACUUCCCUGAAUCGAGCAGCAUCAGACGUCUUUGGUCCAGAAAGUGUGAUCCAUUGCAUGGCCUUUGGCUCGCGACUCGUUUGUGGUCCCUUGUCGUACCAGUCUCCGAACCGACUCCACUUGCGAAACUCCGACGACACUUUUCCACAAGUCGAGGAGGCGCAUACAUGGCACCUCUACCACAAUGCACUCAACUCGCUCCUCACUUCGACGCACCCGACCAUCGUACCAGACGCAGACAUGUUCACGAGCAAGAUGACGGGUGAGCUGGAUUGGGCGGCGUACCAUGCGGCCUUUCGCGCCGUCUUUUCCAGCGCCAAGCUGUGGAUCUCUGACGCGCGAUGUAACAGCAGCCGCAAGACACUAGAUGCACUCUUAGCUCUUGGGCCUUCGAAGGCUGGCCCGGUCAUCAAGACGGUGCAGGUCGGCAUCGGCGUGAAGGAUGCAAUUCAAAGUGUCACUCUCUCAAGCUCGGUCUUUCCCGACUGCGUCGAAGGCCCACCGUUGGUUAUGGCGGCGCGAUGGCAAGACAGUAGCGGUAGACCAACGGCCAUCAUUUCAGCGUGGAAUGUUCGAAGUUCGCUUCGGUGGGCGUACGGAUCUCUCACACUGGCCGAUGUCGCUGAGGCGCUAGACGAGCUGGACGGGCAUCAGCAUGCAUACAUGCUCCAUUCUCGAGCAAGAAAAUGCAUCGAGGUGAUCUCUGCCACCGAACUUGAGAAGGAACGCCCAAAUCCCCAAAUUGCCUCGAGACCGCUCAGCAGCUGCUGCUUUUCGCUUCCACCGGCUUCGUGGGAGAUGAUCGAUGUGGUGCCUGUUCUCAGCUGCUCACUCAAGAGCAGCCGAAGAGCGGACAUUCGCAUCACGUGUGGUUGUCUUGGUCUUAUGGGGAAGCAUGCAGGCCUGGCCUGCGUCGUCGAUGUGAGACAACAAGGCCCCUCUUCUUUCGUCGCAAGUCUGUGCAGAGCAGGGCGAUGUGCAUUUGCGAUCCUGUGCGAGCCACGCCAUGAUUUGCAGGUCCGAAUGCAACUCAAUGGUGGAGAAGAGGUUGCUGCGACUGUGGAAGACGAUUUCCGGUCGGACUUUACGGUCGUCUCCUUUGACAUGCUACCUUAUGUACGCAUGAAUCUAGACGGUCCAGACCAAGAUGCAUGGAAGGUCAGAUUGCACCUUGAAGCCUUGUAACAUAUUCUCCAUCUACGUCAUCAAGAUAAGCUGAAGAGGAUGCCGACACU